CAGCCAGUGUGACACAUCUGCCAGAAGAUGGCAGCCUCCGCCACACAGUGAACUAAAUAAAGAGACAUGGCAUGUUAGAAUGUAUAUUUUGCAAUGAGGGGAAGAUGAAAAAUCCCCGGAUUGGACAGUAAACAAGAAGUAUGAGAGAGUGUCGGAGACGGACAGAUGACAGAGUGAGGUUAAUGUGGAUCCUGCUGUGGGCCGACACGGAGAGGGACACACAGCACGACGCUGUUUCAGGGCGUUGAUGUUCAGACGACCAACUGUGAGACAUCAUCCAGCGCUCGCUGUGGACACGGAAGGGAGCAUUUGCACUGAAUUCUGCAUGUAGGAGAAAGAAAGUCUACAAGAUCUAAGAGCAUCAUCCUCCACUGCCCAGCCUUGAUAGACUAUGGUGGACAUUUCAAAUCUCCCCCUGCUUGACCACCCAGGAGAAGCAAUGGAGGAUUAAAUCACAUGCUCCGUCACGAGUGAUAACAAACCAAACCUGGGCAGCACAAACUUUCACAAGCGAUUUUCUUAUCUCACUCAAAGGAAGCGCACUGAUAAAAGUCAGAGAAAAUUCAUGUUUUUCCAGUGAGGGCCCGAAACAAGAGACCCAGACACAGCCUACUGGAGGGUCUCAUAGGAGCUUUUGGAGAACUUCAACUUGGAGGAUAAGAUCGCUGCAGUGACGGAGGUGAUGGGUAACAAGAACGCCAUCCCGCCGAAAGGUCCCGACACUGGGACGACGCAGAAAGAGGAAGGGGUGUGCCUCAACAGUGCCACAGGAAGCGUCUCCAGAGAUGAACUGCCGGGGCCGAGCCCAGAGCUGCUGGCCUCCCUGCAGUCCCUCAGAGAAAACAGUGACGACACACUGCUGCCACACUCCCUGCACCAGAUCGCAGAGGCCUACUCGCUCAAAGAGGACUACCAAUGGGCUAUUCAGUUCCUGAAACUGGAGAAGCUCUACCAUGAACGUCUGCUCUCCAACCUCGCUGCCCUGCAGGAGAACUGGGAGGGCCAGUGGAGAGAGAAGAAGAAGAACGAUGAAAGCAGUUUGCCUGCAGACACGGACGGCAUGAGUCAGAAACACAUCGAGACCCUGAGCGAGCUCUGCAAGACACACCUCCGACCAUCCAUCAGUGUGGAACAGAACACGCUGAAUGCAACACUGAAAGACAUUCAGGGCAAGGACGAGACACUACAACCCUGUCAUGAUAAAGUCAACAAGCCUGAAACAACACACCAGGAUGAAGAACGAGAGCAAAGCAUGAACUCAGACUCAGAGCUUCCCUUGCCACAGACAGGCCAUCAGGAGGGAGGUGAAGAGGAGGAAAGAGAAGAAGAAGAGCUGUAUGAGGAGGGACAGGAAGUAGAAGAGGAAGAGGAGGAGCCGUGUGAGGAGACGCCAGAGGAGGAGGUGAAGGUGGAGUGGCCAACAGGAGUCCCCCAGGCUUCAGACAAGGACCUGGCCAAGCUGUCCCACACAGAGGGGAGUUGCUCUCCAGAUGGACUAGUCUCCAUUCUGAAGAGGAGGAGAGCAUCACUGGAUGGAUUACCUCCCGAAAGCGACAUUGUUACUAAACAGAACUCCAAACGCAAAGUUCGCUUCAGCGAGCCAGAGGACGGCAUUGAGCAAGAUGAGGUAGGUGGAGAUUCCUGCCUUAUCCUGCUGCUGCUGUGUCUGGUUACCGUGGUGAUCAGCAUAGGCGGGACCGCCCUCUACUGCACGCUGGUGGACACUUACUCCAACAUUUGCACCGACUUCACUCACAACAUCGACUUCUACGUCAUGAACGUGCGGAGGUUCUUUGAAGGGCUCGGACGCUGGCUACCCCUCCGGACUUAGACCCUUUCAUCUGCGUAGCAGACAACAGCUGUUUCACACAUGUGUACUGUAAAGGACAGUGUACAAUAGAGAGUGAGGAUGACAGAGUUCCUGAGCAUGACUCCAAUCUUCUACAUGGGAUCUACAAGCAUCUAUCUGAUGCUGCCAUCCAGAGUCUUUAAAGAUUUAUUCUACAGUCACUGAAGCUUGGGUCCUUUGGCUCACUAAGACAUAUGAAUUAUGAGCUAUCAGCCUAAGAUUUAUGUAUAAGUAAUAGGUGCUCAAAGCAACACUAAACAGUAAAAACUGUUGCAAGAGUGCAUGUUGUGGGAGAGCUUAAAAACUCCUGUUUACUACCGUUUGUGUGGGUAUUUCAUCUUAAACUGAACCUUACAGAUACCACACAAGAGGGCUCACAACUCUCAACAAUAUUUAUAUUUUAACAGAAGAAGUAGUUUAUCUGUGUUCAAGUGUUUCCCUAACAUUUGUAGCUGUCGUAUCUUCGUCUGUUGUUCCAGAAGUUUUCUUGUUCCGGCGCUUAUAUUUUGACUUCCAAAGAGAGAAGCUGUCUUUGAAGUUAUUAGGAUUGUGUGUGUGUGUGUGUGUGUGUGUGUGUGUGUGUGUGUGUGUGUGUGUGUGUGUGUGUGUGUGUGUGUGUGUGUGUGUGUGUGUGUGUGUGUGUGUGUGUGUGUGUUGUUUUGAAUGAUUAAUGCGCCAAAAGAUGAUUUUUAAAUUCAUGUUACUGUUAUCUUUUUCUCUGUUUAAACCAUCUCUGUUAAAUGAAUAUUUUGUAGGGCUGUACACCUUUAUCAAAUGAGAAAGAUUUAUAAUAUUUUGAUGAGCCUUUAUGAAAAGAAUAAUUUCAUAACUGUGUGUUUACCUCAAUACAAGUGGUUACUCUGAACAUUCCUCUUAUCAUCUUAAUAUGACCAAAUCAAAGAGGAGCAUUGUACUCUGUGUGAGACAGCUAAAUGUACAAAGUGCCCUACACAGCAUCUGCAUGAAUGAUGCUGUAUUCAGGAAGAGUGUGGCUCUUGGUAUGGAAAUAUUAAGUCUUCCAGCUUAUAACUCAAUACAUUUCAGUGUAGUCGUCAUGAUUAUCAGUAUGCAAUGCAGUCAUUUUACUCCACAAACUCAGGCACGUGCCCUGUGUUUAUACUUUUGGUGCUCAAUGUUUUCAUGUUCAUCCUUUAGUGUAAAACCCUAAAAUUCCUCCUCUACAUGUGGACUUAUGAUCAUAUCUAGUCUCAUCCUGUAGUGUGCAAACAGCAACAUCAUGAAAGUGAAAACCCCAUGCAAAGAGAAGAUGCAUUUGGAUUGUGUUUGACAUCAGAUCCCAUUAAAAAAAACAAGCAAACAUACUGGUAGUUUAAGAACAAAAGAUUAAGAUGAAGUACAUUAUUUUAUAUAUUUAUUUUAUGUUGGCAUGUUUAUUUGCACCUAGCUCUAAAAGUGAGUCUUCUAUACCUGCUUUGGGAAUACUAGUUACUUGUCAACCAUUAAAUUAUUCGCCAACUAUCUUCAUAAUCGGUUUUAGUAAUUUUCUUAAAAGAAAAAGGUCACAUUUCUCUGAUUCAAUCUUCUUAAAUGUGAAUAUUUUCUUAUAGUUUCUUUACCCCUUUCAAUGACAGUAACCUGAAUAUCUUUGUGGAAAAAACAAGAAAUUCAAGGACGUCAUCGUGGGAUUAGGGAAACAAUGAUAGACAUUUUUCACCAACAGAUCGAUUAAUCGAGAAAAUAAUAAAAAUAUUAAUCGCCAUUUCAUUUAAUUGUUAGUUGCAACUCUAAUUGGGAAUAUGGGAAUAUACAGUGUACAUGGGUUAUGCUGUCUUUGUAUAAUUUUGUCCAAAAGCAGAGCUUUAGGGAUCAACAGUUGUGUUUCCUGUCUGGCACAAGUAACACAACAGAACAUAUGCCUGUUGACAUUUGUUCAACAUGAAAGUUAAUCAGCAUGUUUCUGCCUUGUAGGCUAUUUAUGUUUCUACUGACAAUGCAUUUUUAGCUCUCCUUCUGAACUCCCAAUUUGCAAAGUCAUGAAUGUUACUUUCGUAUCGUCCCUGUGGAUUUUACAUUAUGCAAUCCACCUUUAUUUGUUUCAAUAUUUAUGUUCAGUUGUGUCCACAAGGGAAUACAAAAAAAGAUUAAUUAAGAAACAUUUGCCAUUGUGUUUUCUUUUUUAGUGCUUGCCCUAAUGUAAGCUGUUGCUUGGUGGGUGAAAGAGUUUCUCACCUUGAUAUUAAAUGUGUCCCAUUUAGUUUUUA